AUUUAUUUAUUUAUUUAUUUUUUCUGAAAAGAAUUGAACUUGUGAUCAUGACCCCGUGAAACAUAAGUAUCGGGUGUUCAUUUUGGCGAGCAGGCGGGCAUGUUGUUGGGCCCAUCAUUUCUUGGGAGUUUCUUCACCGAGGCGUUUGAUCUGAUGCCAGACCAGAACUACGUGCUAAUGGACACGGCGGCCAACUUCGCCCUGACGUAUUACAUGUUCAUGGUGGCCGUCGAGCUGGACGUGCGCGCCAUCCGGGGGAUGGGGAGGAAGGUGCUCAUCAUCACGGUGGUGGGCAUGGUGCUUGCCUUGGUCGUCAGCUUCACCUCAGCCCACGGCCUCGGCCUCCGCCCCGACAUCGUGAUCAAAAUUCCCGGCUUCUCCGAUCCCCCGGCCAAACUCCGCAACGACAAGAAGGUGCUCCCUUUCCUCCUCUUCUUCAGCCUCGCCAUCUCCGUCACCGGCUUGCCGGUCCUCGCCCGUAUCAUCACCGAGAUCAAGCUCCUCAACUCGCCGCUCGGGCCCCUCUCCAUGGGCUCCGCCAUCCUCAACGACUUGGUUGCCUGGAUCCUGCUCGCCGUCACGCUGGCCGCCACCGGCGGCAAGGACGGCAAGCCGGUCUCGCCGCUGGUGCCGCUCUGGGUCACCCUGGUGGGUGCCGCAUUCGUGCUCGCUUGCUUCCACGUGGUCCGGCCGGCCAUCGCGAGGAUGGCUAGGCGGACGCCGGAGGGCGAACGGAUGAGCGACUUCCAGCUCGGGAUCAUCCUGGCCGGCGUGCCGGCGGCCGGGUUCCUGUCCGACCUCAUCGGGAUCCACAGCAUCUUCGGCAGCUUCAUCUACGGGCUGGCCGUGCCCAAUGGCCCGCUUACCGAGCAUUUGAUCGAGCGGAUGGAGCCGUUCCUGUCGAACAUGCUGCUGCCGCUCUUCUUCGCCAACAGCGGGUUCAGGACCAACAUCUACACCAUCCUGCCGUUGUGGGCCAUCACCAGCUUCGCCCUCGUCGUCGUCCUCGCCACCUUAGCCAAGGUGGUCGGCACCAUACUCGUUGCCAUGGCCUAUUCCAUGUCCUUCCGCGACAGCUUAGCGCUCGGCUUCCUCAUGAGCGUCAAGGGCCCCGUCGAGAUGAUCAUCCUCAACGUCGCCAUCGAUAAAAAAGUUCUUAGGGGGGAUAUGUUCGCAGUGAUACUCGUAACAUCAAUAAUAACGACGGCGUUGGUAACGCCGGUGGUGACGAUGGCGUACAUCAAGCCAUCGAAGCCGCUCGCGGUGUACCGGCGCCGGAACAUUCAGGGGGCGAGGCCGGACAUGGAGCUCCGGAUGCUGGCCUGCGUCCACAACACCCGCCACGUCCACUCCCUCACGCGCCUCCUCGACGUCUCCAACCCUUCCAAGCGCUCCCCCAUCUUCGUCUGCGCCCUCCACCUCGUCGAUCUCGCCGGAGGUCGUGUCUCCUCCAUGCUCGUCAUGCACCCCUCCGCCCGCAACCCCCACUACGGCCGCCUCCACCGCCCCGCCCUCCCCUCCGACCAGGCCCAGUCCGAGAGCAUCCUCACCGCCAUCGAUGGCUAUGAGCAGCACUCCACCGGCGUCUCCUUCCAGCCCCUCACCGCCUUUUCCCCGCCCGCCACCAUGCACGAGGACGUCUGCAGCGUCGCCGAGGAGCGCCACGCCUCCUUCAUCGUCCUUCCCUUCCACAAGCACAUGACCGUCGACGGCGACAUGGAGGAGGUCGGCAGCUCCGCCGUCCGCCCCGUCAACCUCAACGUCCUCGCCAACGCCCCCUGCUCCGUCGCCAUGCUCGUCGACCGCGGCCUCGGCACCGGCGCCGCCGCUCUCUUCCCCGGCGCCCACCGCGCCUCCCACCACGUCGCCGUCGUCUUCAUCGGCGGGCCCGACGACCGCGAGGCGCUCGCCUACGCGUGGCGCAUGGCGGAGCAUCCGGCGAUCGUCCUCACCGUCAUCCGCUUCAUCGAGGCAGCCCCGCCGUCCCGGUUGCAGUCGAUGUCAUCGGUGACCGACGAGGAGAGCACCUCGGCGCUCUUGGCCGACGCCGAGCUGGAAAAGGGGCGGGACGAGGAGGCGUUGGACGGGUUCCGGCUUCGGUUCAUGAGCGACGAGUCGGUGGUGUUCGCGGAGAAGGUGGCGAGAAACAGCGAGGAGACCGUGGCGGCGCUGCGCGCGAUGGGGGGCAGCUACGACCUCUACUUGGUGGGGAGGGGCCACCGGAGGAAGUCGGCGCUGACGGCGGGGCUGGAGGAGUGGAGCGAGUUCCCGGAGCUGGGGCCGAUCGGGGACCUGCUGGUCUCGUCGGACUUCGGGGUUAAGGUAUCGGUCCUGGUGGUGCAGCAGUACGUGGAGAACACCGGCCCUCUAUCGCAGCCAGAGGCGCGACAGUAAGCGAGCAACGACAACCACCUGCCGCGGCCGAGCGGCUUCAACUCCGACUGCGACGGCGCCUGACCUGAGAGCUUCAGUUCCAGCAAAUCUUGACUAAAAUUUCACUAUUAAUGCAGAAAAAUCUUCAGCUUGAAUACGGGCAGGCCAAAGGUCUUGGGGCUACCGGAGUUUUGCAUACUUUAUAUCCCAACAAGAGGUGCCGUUUCGAGCUCCUGUUGGAUUCUCUGUCAUAGUUUCUCCUUUUCUCCAUCAAGGUUUUAUAACUUAA